UUGUUCCCCACAUGCCUCUGUCGCCCCUCCUUCUCUUGUAUUUUUCGCGCCACCACAGCUCGUACGCUCCACCUUCACGGUGACGACACGCUUCGCCGACCAAUAGAAAGAAGCRUGGUUCGUUUGAGCCAAUCAGAAGACAGCCGGGGAACAGCGGCUCGCGGGAAGCAGACAGGAAGCUGCUUAGUUUUUGCCGCGAAACACACGGUCUGUGCAAGCCUUUUGUCUCGGGAGCUUUAGGUCCAGUUUGGAUUUUUCUUUUUGUCAGAAGACAAGCUAGGGUGUUUGAUUUUAACACUKUGCUGCAGCAUGUCUGGCUUCGACGACCCGGGAGUGUAUUACAGCGACAGCUUCGGAGCUGGAGAGGGGCCCGGCGGGGAUGAAGGCGGACACAAACGGGUCCAAAUCCAGAAGCGGUUCCGUGAGUUCCUCCGGCAGUUCAGGGUGGGAACAGACCGGACCGGCUUCACUUAUAAAUACAGAGAUGAGCUGAAGCGACACUACACCUUGGGGGAGUACUGGGUGGAGGUGGAGAUGGAGGACCUCGCCAGCUUCGAUGAAGAUCUGUCCGACUGUCUUUACAAGCUGCCUUCUGAGAACCUGCCACUGCUGGAAGAAGCUGCCAAAGAGGUGGCCGACGAGGUGACUCGUCCUCGGCCUGUCGGGGAGGAGACGGUGCAGGACGUCCAGGUCAUGCUCAAGAGCGACGCUCACCAUGCCUCCAUUCGCAGCCUGAAGUCGGAGCAGGUGUCUCGUCUGGUGAAGGUGCACGGCAUCAUCAUCUCGGCCACRGCGGUCAAGGCCAAGGCCACCAAGGUGUGCCUGCAGUGCCGCGGCUGCCGCGCCGUUCUCCCCAACAUCCCKCUGCCUCCGGGCCUGCAGGGCUACGCUCUGCCGCGCAAAUGCAACAGCGAGAACGUYGGGAGGGUGAAGUGUCCCGUGGACCCGUACUUCAUCGUCCCGGACCGCUGCGUUUGCGUGGACUUCCAGACGCUUCGCCUGCAGGAGUCUCCGGACGCUGUGCCUCACGGAGAGAUGCCCCGUCACCUCCAGCUGUACUGUGACCGGUAUUUGUGUGACCGUGUGGUGCCUGGGAACAGGGUGACCAUCAUGGGUAUCUACUCCAUCAAAAAGGUGGCUGCAGCCAAGGCUAAAGGCAAAGAGAAAGGUGUCGGCGUGGGGAUCCGUGCGUCUUACCUCCGAGUGGUCGGGAUCCAGGUGGACACAGAAGGAGCGGGUCGCGGUGCCACCGGGUCAGUGUCUCCACAGGAGGAGGAGGAGCUGAGAGCUCUUGCUGCUUCUCCUAACGUCUACGACUCUCUGGCCCGCUCCGUAGCUCCGUCCAUUUACGGCAGCGACGAUCUGAAGAAGGCCAUCACCUGUUUGCUGUUUGGAGGCUCGAGGAAGAGGCUGCCUGACGGUCUCACUCGAAGGGGCGACAUCAACCUGCUGAUGCUCGGAGACCCUGGAACAGCCAAGUCUCAGCUGCUCAAGUUCGUGGAGCGAUGCUCGCCAAUCGGGGUUUAUACUUCAGGUAAAGGCAGCAGUGCAGCUGGACUCACGGCCUCCGUGCUGAGGGACCCCACCACUCGUGGAUUCAUCAUGGAGGGCGGAGCCAUGGUGCUGGCCGACGGUGGAGUCGUGUGCAUCGAUGAGUUCGACAAGAUGAGAGAAGAUGACCGGGUGGCGAUCCACGAGGCCAUGGAGCAGCAGACCAUCUCCAUCGCUAAGGCGGGCAUCACCACCACCCUGAACUCUCGCUGCUCCGUGCUGGCCGCCGCCAACUCCGUGUACGGCCGCUGGGACGACACGAAGGGAGAGGACAACAUCGACUUCAUGCCCACCAUCUUGUCUCGUUUCGACAUGAUCUUUAUCAUCAAAGACCAACACGACCAGCAGAGAGACAUGACGUUGGCUCGUCACGUGAUGAACGUCCACCUGAGCGCUCAGACGCAGACCGAAGGCGUGGAGGGCGAGAUUCCGCUGGUUACGUUUAAGAAAUACAUCGCCUACGCCAGAACUAAAUGCGGCCCUCGGCUCUCUGCGGCGGCCGCCGAGAAGCUGAAGAACAGAUAUGUGGUGAUGAGGAGCGGCGCGCGGGAGCACGAGCGGGAGUCUGACAAGCGCCCCUCCAUCCCCAUCACCGUCAGGCAGCUGGAGGCCGUCGUGCGUAUCGCCGAGUCUUUAGCCAAGAUGAAGCUUCAGGCUGUGGCCGGAGAGGAAGAGGUGGACGAGGCCCUCAGACUCUUCCAGGUGUCCACGCUGGACGCCGCUCUGUCCGGCAGCCUCACAGGGGUGGAGGGUUUCACCUCUCAGGAGGACCAGGAAAUGCUCUCCCGCAUUGAGAAGCAGCUCAAACGGCGCUUUGCCAUCGGCUCCCAGGUGUCUGAGCACAGCAUCGUCCAGGACUUCACCAAGCAGAAAUAUCCAGAGCACGCCAUCUACAAAGUCCUCCACCUGAUGUUGAGGAGGGGGGAGCUGCAGCACCGCAUGCAGAGGAAGGUCCUCUACAGGGUCAAGUAGCUGGGCUCUAGUAUUGACCUUUUAUUGUUGAUGUAAAUAGUUUUUGUGGAACAGUUUCUUGUAAUGACAGAAAAAAUCGAUGAUAAUAAAAAUUAAAAAUGAGAUGGUGAGUUCACUGUUCAGGUGGUGAUGUCAGCCUACAUGYGUUCAGUCUGUAAGCAUAAAAUAAAUAAAAAUAAACCAAGAAGA